CUGACUCUCCCUCAGAGAGAAACAUGUGCACUUCACUCCACCAGACACGUUUUUGAACCCCCUCCUCAGAAUAACCAAGACAGCUGCCUCGUUCUUCCCUCUCUUUUCUUUCUUCAUCUCACUUCUCUCUCUUCUCUCCUUUCCCCCCUGAUCUGCUUCUGCUUAUCCCGUCUAUACUCCCUCCUUUUCUCUUUCUCCUCUCAGGGAUUGGGUUGGGUGAGUGCACAAGGAGACCUCUAACCGGCACUGACUUACAGGCAGCGGGGAACCAGCAGGGAACUGCCUACACACACACAUAUACACACACACACAUACAUACACACUUACACACACUCACAUGGGCAAAUCCUGAGGAGAGGAAGCCACAGCAUAAACACACCAACAAGGGGGAAAAACAACAACUGGAAAACAACUGGACUCCAAACAGCUGGAUACAACUUCAGAGCACAGAGUUCACUGAGAGAGGAGAAGCAGAAGACAAAAAAGGAGAAGGAGAAAGGAGGAUAAAGAAGAGAAGGAGGAGAAAGGGCCAUGGCAGGCGCUCAGGUCCGGCUGCUGCUGGCCUGCCUGCUGCUGCUGCUGCUGGACACCGGCUCAGGGAACGCCCGCAGGAUCAGGAGGAGAGGACUCAGUCAGAAGGAUUAUGAGUAUCCCAGCCAGUCUCAGUCCACUCAGCACCAGAAGAAUGACCGGUGUCCUCCCCCGCCGCAGAUGCUGCCCGAGCGGGCGUGCGAAGUGCCAGGCUGCCGCUCAGACUCAGAGUGCGAGAGACACAAACGCUGUUGUUACAACGGCUGCAUCUAUGCCUGCCUGGAGUCAGUCCAGCCUCCACCUGUCCUGGAUUGGUUGGUGCAGCCUAAGCCACGGUGGUUGGGUGGAAAUGGCUGGCUUUUAGAUGGACCAGAGGAAGUUCUACAGGCUGAGGCUUGCAGCACUACAGAGGAUGGGGAUGAGCCCUUACAGUGUCCUACUGGGUAUGACUGCCAUAUCAUCAACCCUGGAAACCCCUCGGCUGGAAUCCCCAACCGUGGCCAGUGUAUUAAACAGCGUGGAAACUCAGAUGGUCGUAGCCUGAGGCACAAGUACUUCAAAGAUUACAAGGAUUUCUUAGGUAGUAACUCCAACAAUGCAGUGGGCUAUGAAAAACAUUACAAGCACUUAGGGUAAAAAGCAGGUGUCCUCCACCGCUCUGCAGACUCCUUCCAAGAGAACUUGGACUCAGAUGGUUAACACUGCACCAACAUUCCAACAAUUCCAGAUGGCCUUUUUUCUUCUGUUCAAACUGCUUCAAUUUGGUGCUGUACAUUUUAGGUGCUAUAAGACGUAAAGACAAAGUCAACAUUUCCUACCUCUUUCAAAAACCAAAACACACAAGGCCAGAGACAAAACAUGCUAAGCUAGAUAACAGAAUACCAGGUGUCCUUCAUACAUCCUCACUCUCCUAUCUGUACACAGUAUUUUCACUCAUUUUCAUAAAAAGAGUUGCACUCAGAGAGAAUCGACCAACAGUAAUGAAGUUGUAUUAAAUUGUCAUGGAGUGACCUUUGGUGUUCAUUACAAGCUCUUGUGACAGCUUAUUGAGAUCCUGCAAUCCUUGGCUGAAGAUUUUAAGAUGCACACCCCUGCAGUAUUCUAUUACAACAGGACAACACUCGUCCACAUGCUGCUGCCAUCUAUGGAGCUUGACUUGAAGCCACAGAUACUAUGCCAUGGUAAGCCCCAUUGCCAGACCUACAAAUAUCUCAGAUUGAAAAUGUGGGAUGCCAUUGGACAAGCUAUCAACACUAACAAAAAGAAUUUGCAGGAUUGUCAUUAGGAACCUCUACAACUCCAUACCGAGAUGGCAUGUUGCAUUACACACUACUUCUGUAUGUGUAGCUUAAUAAAUAUGACUAGGAAUUGUCCAUCAGGCUAAAUUCUAAUCAGUUUUUGUUCCUAAGGAUCUUCCUUUAUUUUUCUUCCGAAUUUUAUUGCAAUCUGACACUGGCUUCAGGGUGCAACUAUUUUUGGAUGAUGAGUGUAUUACAGAAUCCAUAUGCUCUGAAAGCUAAAGGCAUUUGGAGAGCUAUGUUGAGAGCUGUGCUUGGGAAAUAAGAAGCAUACCAAAGAUACUUCUCCAGAUCCUCUGCUGCAGCAAGGCGUGAGAACAUACAGUAUGUCUGUAUAAAAUAAGGCAUUUCAGAUAUACUCAACACUGACCUCCAGAGAAUGAUCAGAAAACUAUUACACUUACACAAGCAUACUGUACACACAUACACACACGCACCCGCAGCUCACACCCUUGGGCAGGGUGAGAACUGGCCAGCAGGAAAUGAGGACCAUGUGCUGCUCUGUACUUUGUCGUCCCAGCAGGCCAACAGGAUAAGAGGCAGACAGGAGAGGGGAUAUUUGGGAAAUUACUGUCCAAUAGUACUGUGAUGUGAUCCACCUUUACUGGGUGUCUCACUUCUACUCUCAAAAGAAGAACUUAUUCCUUUAAUACCUCUUAAAGAGCUAUCAGGUUAGACGGCCAGGUUUUCUACAGUUUCUAAAGAUCUAAAUCCCCUAUAUUGGUUUGUGAUUCCUAAUCCUUAGAAAAUAUAGAAAAUAAGACCUACCUCUUGUUAAACUGUAACCCUUUACAGACUAAACAAACAAAAAAAACAGGCAAGCUUAUAGUAGUUCAUGUAAAACAUGAUAUUUGAACAACAGAGAUGCUAUUAGGAUGCUAUAUGUGCAAAAUGCCAUGUUACAAAAUAUGACAUACAGUAUAUAAUGUUUCAUGUACCAUGAUAAUCUGCCUGGUACAGAACUCAUGCCUUGUCCUUAGAGCCAUAAUAUAUUUUAGAGCAUAUUGUCGCUGUCUGGUGAAAAACAUAUAUCUCCAAAACAACUACAGGACAAACCUUUUUUACUUUUAAUGGAAGUCCACGCAAAUUAGUUAAUUUCAGAUUUUUCUCAAAGUGUGAGGAACAGUUUGUGUGGUGACAAUGUGGUGAAUAUAUAACCAACCCAAUUUGUGGUCAAUAAAUAUUAAAUCCAAAAAUCAGUAAUAUGCUUUAUAUUAAUAAUAAUCAAAGUGCAUGAUGUUGAGUGAGGGUUGUAUGAAGGACACCAAGCUUCCAGAAGCAAUGCAGUAUCACCCAGACCAAACAUGUUCAUGACUGGUGCAUUUUAAAUGUGCUUGUUCUUUUCAAAUGGUGCUUUACUAAACUUGCCAAUGCUGUUCAAUAAGCUCAUGGUUCAGCCCAAACACUUCAGACACUCCCCACUCAAAUAUAAGCUAAGGGGAGCCUGUAAGGGUAAUGGACCUCCACAUAUACAAAACCUGUAUCAAUGUACUGAUAUUAUUCCCCUAAUAAAACGCCCAUGAAAUGA